GGCUACUUUGCUGCGCCUUAAUGCCGGAUUAGCGUUCAAACAAUUCAGGUUCGAGCGUCCAGCUCAGAACGAGUACCGCAACGCUCCUCUCAACACCAACGUCUGGACAAAUUGUUUGCCAUGUAUGUUGUCACACGGUAUAUUACACGGUUCGUCUUAAUUGCUUAGAGUAGUCUCAAACGGAGCGACGCUUAUGCCGAACACAUGCACGAUGCAAGAGAUUAUACGGACGGCCGUUGACAAUUACUUCGACGAUAUAGACAAUGGCGUGUCCAUCGAGCCUCCCUUUGUUUUCUCUAUACGCAAAGGGACUCCAGUGCCUAAGGGCCUUGUGUUACUGAGACAGGACACUGCUCUGUUCUCCUUGCAGCCUUCCCAGCCUGCCUCUGAAGAGUUCAAUACUAUUUUGGAUGGGUUCUAUUCCGAAUAUGCUGAAAAGCUGGACGCCGAUGAAUGGCUUGAUAUUCACCAGUUUGAGGACGCGGUUGCCGAUGACGCGGAGAACGUUUGGAUGGCUAGUUAACUGCUUACCUAGCUGUUUCGUAGGCAGGUUCAGCUGGGUAGAUUCAGCCUCAUUAGUCAUCGGGUUGCAAACGCUGGCAUUAGGUGUCAGUCCAGUAGGGGCACACGGAGUUAUACCGUAGACAAAAUAGUAAGGUUACCUUGAAGAGCUAUUUUACAUGGUUUGUCAACUUGUCUUAAUAUUACUUGGUUAC